AACGUCUCUCCACGCGAAGAGUGCACGAAUCUUGAAAUUUGGGCUCGUCCGAGUUCUCGUUCUUGAGGUCGAUUCGUUGCUCUCGAUGCCGACGAUGCGGAACUGACGAACAUCGCUCUUCCUCUCGUCGUUCGUCGACGAGAGCAAUCGGAAUGUUUGGCAGCAGGACGAGGACGCCAAAAAAAUAGAGACGAAUUGAAUAUCGAUCUUGCUGUAGGCGACGAGAAAUCCCGGGUUGUUUCGAUCAUACGAUGCUUGGAGACAUUGAUUUAGAUCGCCCUCGAAUUUUGCGCUCGAGGGCGACGAUUCUUGGCAGUCAGCGAGAGAGUUAGAGAGGAGAGAGAAAGGGAGAGGGAGGAAGAUGAAGAGCGAUCGGAAGCGAGUUCGGAGGCCUCGGAGCGAUUUCAGGGACGUGAGAUUAUGCUCAUUGGAAGCAUGAUCGCUUGUUGUGUGCAAGAAGUCGUCUUAGCCAGGAGUUCGGUGGCCGGAGGUUGGGUACGGUGUAAAAAGGUUGAGUGAAAGAGAGGUAGUACCUGAUAGAUGACGAGGAAGGCGAGAUGAAGGUGCUAGACUUGAAAGGCAAUGUUGGGAUGGACAUGGAAAGCGAUGAGAAUUUUGUCAGGUGGCACGGCAGUGUCACGGCUGCCAUAGCUGCUCCGAUUGACAGAACGUGGCAGAUAGCAUCAGACUUCAGUGGGCUGCAGAAGUUUGUUCCAAUCGUCGAGAUUUGUGAGAGACUGAAGGGGCGCAACCGCGUACCGGGAUGUCUUCGAUUUUACACGUUGUACUCGCCAUCGGGACUUCCCGGUGGAAGAAGAAAAGGUUGGGCCAAGGAACGAUUGUUGGUCAUAGACGAAGGAAAGCACUCAUACGCGUACGUGGUGGAAGGCAGUAAUAUGAAUUUGGGAGACUGUGUGGUGACAUUCAAAGCCUCCCCCUCGGAGGACGAUAGGCACGUGGAAACAACUGUAGUUGAUUGGUCAUAUGUACUAAGUCCUCUGAGAAAAAGCACGAGAGAGAAAACCCUCUGCGAUAUGUCGGAGUUCGGUUGGACCUUUAUCAAGGGACUGGAAGCCGCGGCAACGGCGGAAGUCAUUGAUUUUGAAGGUGCUCUUGCUCUUGUUGCUCAUUCUCAAGCGCAAUGUUAAACUUUCUUUUCCAUGUCUUAGGACUUUGCGAUGACUCACUGAGUCGGAGAUUUCGCACCGGAGAAGGCUCAGUAUUCGGAGGGUACGCAGCACAAAUACGAGCUGGAACCAUUGCUUAACCGCCGUUAACGUUUCGUCACUGGCUUUGAAUCGUGGUCGUUUUGCAUUCUUCGUCGUCGUGUGGCGAAGAGGAUGCCGUUGGAAAGUAGUGAGAGUUCUGAUAGCAGCGACAGUGACGAAUUCGAUCUCAAGAAUUUGAUUCUUGCUCAUCAUCAGAGAAGGGCCAUGAACACUGAUUUCUCGACAAGGGCAAGAUCCAGAAGCCGUCGAGAAGGUGAAGAUUCUGACUCCAAUGAUGAUGUCGUUUCCUCAUCCGCUUCGCCUCAAAAAAGAGCCGAGCCUCGCUCGGACUCGACGCGAACACGGAGAUCCCGCCGGGCUACUCGCGGCGAUUUGCGAGAUGUUGGCUUGUCACAGAACGAUACGAACGACGACGACGAGGAUCGUCAGGAUACGCUUCCAUCUACCCGAGGUCCGUAUCACGCUCUUCAGCUUGCAGCAGAUCGCUUAACAAGCGAAAUGCAGGACGACAUUGCACAGCAACUCGAGUCCGUGGAGGAACAGUUAGAAGCUGUUGGACUCCAGAUGCAGGAAACGAUAGCCGCUGGCUUCAAAGAUGGCACCUUCAAGAGUCGUCCCCAGAGCUUGCAUGAGGUUCGUUCAGGACGACGCUCAUUUCCCAUUAAUAAUCCUCAGCCUACCGUGGACUCUUGGAGGAAUAGGGCCUCAAAUUACCAACUGAGAGAUAGAAGUUCCCAGACAUCACCGACUAGUAAGCGUUAUUCCAGUCGUGCCUCCACUCACGUGUCCCUUAAUAAAGAUAACGGGUACACUUCUGAAGCUGACCUGCCUCUAAAACGAAAGUCUGAAGGUGAAGGCAACCUGCAGACAUCUCGCCUAUCCACUUGCCAACUUUGUGGUUGCGAAGAUGCUUCAGAGGAUGGCAUUUCAGCUAGCAGCGUUCAACAGCAUGUAACUAAGAACUCUGGUUACGAGUAUCAAAUUUUAAAGCUGGAAGGCAUGGUGCCAGGCACAGAAGGUUCCACCAGUAAUUCCGGAGCCUCUACAAGUUCGUACGAAACUCGAAAAGCCGAAGCGAGGAUUGUUCAGGCCAGAGGCUGCCAAACCUGUCGAUGUCAUGGUUGCCGAGUUCCUUCAGAUCCCGUGCAAGCCGUCCAAAUCUUAGGAGUAGUCGGAAAUUCACAGGGUGAAAGUUUGGCAUCCGGAAGUCGAGAAUUUGUGACAAUGGAUGUGAAAAAUGGCCGGAUAUCUCAAAAUCUCGGGUUGAUUGAGAUUUGUCGAGACUACCAAGCCCAGGAAGGUCAAUAUGAUCACAUCUGGAAGCCAGCAUCAGUGCUGCAACAGUUUAAUGUUGAGCGUUCCGGCAGCGACAUGAUCUUCCCGAGUACUAGGGAUGAGGAAUCCCAGCUACUUGUGGAUAGACCUUUCAAAGAACUUACAUUCGAGUCGAAAUCUAUAGGUGCUCUUGAGGGGGAAACGUCAAAUUCCAGCGACAGUUUUGAAAAAAAAGACUUUGCUACGCGGCGCAAGGACAGUCGAAAAUCGAGGGUCUUGCAUGAUCGGCCAAGUCAGGAUGUCGAUACGACAGAAUAUACAGCAGGUCUUUCUAAUCCUUUAAAGAACAAUCAGCAAUUUGAGAUGGAUGACAACAAUGAUUAUCAGUAUGACAGAGAUGAGCUUCCCUCCCAAGUAGUGGGAGGUAAUGAAGGCAGUAGUAGCUCAGGUCGUUCAAAUGAUCUUCCCAGAAACGUCAGGUCAGAAGUUUUCUCCCAAGUAGUGGGAGGUAAUGAAGGUAGUAGUAGCUCAGGUCGUUCAAAUGAUCUGACCAGAAACGUCAGGUCUGAAGUUUUCUCCGUGAUUGAUAAAGAGUUCGAGUACGUAGCAAAUGAUAGCACAUCGUCACAGUCAAAUUCUGACAAAAAUCAGAGCCCAAGUCUGAACGAGUACGGAGCCCGGCAGAGAGCAUCUCAAGAAUAUAGAGGCUCUCCGAGAAGAGAGCGCAACUCCUCUGACCUGCGCGACUCCCGCGAGAUUAUUCAGGAGCAAAGACAUUCCAGUUCAGCGAAAAAUGGGACUGAGGCCCAGAGUUUCCAAAGAUCAGAAAUCGAUGCACUUAAGUUUGAGGAAGCUCAUAUUCUCAGUGGGCCCCGUCGAAGUCGAAGUAAGGAGAAGCGUGGGAGUAAAGGCCUCCAUUCCUCAUAUGAACAGGAAGGUUGGAGUCAUCAACAACAGCAGAAAGAAAAGCUGCCGGUGGACGAUUCUCGCCAAGAUCCAGAUGACGAAAGUGUCAUAAUGGAAGAAUCCAGCGCCAUUAUGAGGCCGUAUGACAAUCCAUUGUUCCAUGAGGAGCCUGUUGCGGAUGAUCAGAGCAACACAAAACGCCGAUCCGGCACGAAGGUGCCUCCAUUCGCUUCAAGCUCUAAUUACCAGCUCAGACCGAGCUUAGAAAGUUCUUCACGUUUAGCAGCCGGAGAGGUUUCGGCUGAUCGUGAAACUUCGGGAAAGCCGUCGCUAGACUUUUCAAUCAUGGAAUCCAAGCCGGAUCAUCAAUCGUGGAGCUCCGAAAAGAGUCGGGAAAUGGAAACAGAUGAAGCAAAUAAACGCAGCGUGGCCCAAUCGAGAUUAUAUAUUGACAUUCGACAGGAGUAUGAACCUGGAGACCACGUUAGUCACGAGGAAAUGCAAAGUAGACUGCAGCAGGAGAUUGCCAAGGAGUUUGCUCUUUUAGGCAUACAGAGCGGCCCUCCUAGGAAAAGAGUCAAAGAUAAAUCUGACGGCGCAAACCGCUCCCACAAAGUUAGUGUGGUGGUGCCAGACAAUUUUAAAUUGGAAGAUGAUUCUUCGCACGUCGACAACGUGUACGGCGAGAGUAGUGACCUUCAGCCAAAGGCAGGCCGCAGUGGAGACGUUCGCGGAAGUUCAAUAGCGCGUCUCCUGGACGAUGGACAUGUAAACUCUGGAAACGAUUCUCAGAGAGACGCAUUCCGCUCUAGUGUUGCUCAAAGACUGGCUGACGUUGGACGAUCGAAAACAAGUUUUCGAACGGAUUACGUUUCCGAACUUCCAGGACCCAGCAACAAGAGUGUUGCCCAUCGAAGGCCGACACCCUAUCCGGCAGAAUUAGGUUCUGAAGCUAGACGUCGCAAAGAGGAAUUUAUACGACAGCUGAAUAAUACUCAAAAGAGGGACGACUUUCCUGCUCAGAUCCCUCUUGAGUCUGAAUCUGAGGAGUCACGAAGCGGUCAUCAUAAGUUACAAGCCCUUGAGCAGCAAGAUUGGCCUCCUGGAGGAAGUCAGAUUCCCAUAAGAUAUGCCUCCGAACCCGGGAAAAGGUCUGAUGCCAUUGUACAGAUUUUGAACGAAAAAUCAACGCGGGUGGGAGGUCGGCGGAAAAGUAGAGAGACGUCUGUCCAGCAUAUUGUUUCUAGCAUUCCACGAGGCAGCUCAUCAUUCAUGCCACCUAUAUCAGAAAUUUUUGGUUCUAAAAGUCGCCGCAAUUCUCUAGCUCAGAUGGAGUUGAAUGCGAAUAGACUUGAAUCUUUGGAUUCCUCCAUGCCCCUUCGAACUCGAGGUGGUGCACAAAUUGACGUGCCUGGGCAGUUUCCGGAUUCUCGAACUCGAGAGCCUCAAUUGCGCAGCGCGAACCCGCGGGACGAACAUGAAAUAAACCCAGGUAGACAUCCGACUAUGAUAGACCAAAACUGGAAUAAUCCGUCAAAUUUUGAUGAUUUUCAUAAUUAUGACGAUGGAAACUGUGAGAAGGGCACAAAGCGUAACCUGCAAACCUUAAAUUCGAAAGGCUCACAGAAAUAUUUGGCAAAAAUGUUGACUACAUUGUCACAGAAGUUGGGAGUCUUGGAAUCAAAAGGACUUAUUGAGUCACAAACUCCAUUGGAACAAGGAAGGGUGGAUUCUGAAUCGGAAGAGCAGUUCGAUUGUCUGCGUUUAAGGAAGAGCCCAAACUUCAACCAGAUGCGGAGGGGGACGAGAGGAUCAAAUCAACUUGACUUCCAUAGUCAGACCCAGGGUGAAGCGAAUCAAGAAUUCGUUGGGGUUCGAAAGAUUCCGCACCUGACUCACACUUUGGCGCCAUGGAAUUAUCAGAAUUUCCGAGAUAGCAUGCUUGCCAACAACCUUGAACUGCUCUCUGCAGAGAUGGCUUCUAGGAGAAAUACAAGUUUCGAGAAUCAGGAUAUUCAAGAAGAAUGGCAACCCGGGACUCCACAUAGUUUGCGCCUGAAAGAGCAGACUGAAGUAACGGAAGCUGAAACCAGACAUCAAAAUGAGGAUCAUCAGUUUGAGAUAGUGGAAGACAGUGGUUCUGACGCCAAGAACCAGUCUUCUUCUCGACCUUCAAUGCCAUAUUCGUUCAAUGAUACACCGAUACGAUCAUCUUUACAUCAUCCAAAGUCUCGAAUCUCUGAGAAUUGGGAAGUACGAAACCGCCAGUCUAUUCAAACUCAGACGUUGGAUAGGAUGAAUGCUGAGGAUGAAGUGAAGCCCACAGGUGGACAGGUACAAGCUUCAUCAGAACCAUCCAGUUCAUCGGAAGUUAUGGCAACCCUGAAGCCUUCUUCAAACAGCGAAGAACCAUCAUGGGAUCGCAGUUUGGAGACGUGGAAUCCAAGAGCUAGCAGGGGAGGUGGGCUCAAACUACAGAAUACGGAUCUUCUGAAAGCCAUCGAGCAGUCUCAUGCUCAGAACAGGAAUAGUACAUCAGUGCAGACUGAAGAACACGGACUCAUAUCCCGCCCAAGUUUCAAAUCUGAGGUUCAUGAUUAUCCUGAUUUGGAGAGGACAGAUAGCAUGGAAACUCAACCAGGAGAUUUGGCAUUUGGAGCUAGCGAUUAUUUAGAAAACCAUCUCAAACGAUCAGAUCCUUUCUUGCUUAGUGGUGAACGGUUGUCAUAUCUCAAGGAAGCUGGAAUUCACCAGCAUUCUAAAGAUAGAAGGAGCAGUAGCAUGCGGGUGCAAUCUGAAGAAGAGGAGUCUAGAGAUCGUCAGUACUCAAGACUUCAGGUACCAAAACAAUCAGAUCUACGGGAUUUGGAAGCAAGGAGUCGCCAACUUACUCAAAUACCGAGGAUAAAUCAUGUGAAUUUGCAACAUGCACGAGAGUCGCAAACAGGACGGAUGCACAGCUUUGCUGUGGAACCUCCAGAAUAUAGGAGUUCCGGGUAUCAUCUAGUUGAUGCAGUAGCCUUGAGUCGCCACCCUUCUGAGGCUGAAAGGAUGUACAGUUUUGCUGUUCAGCCGGAAGGCAUGGUUUACGAUAAUCCUCGGGUUUCGACUAGUCGACUCCCGCAUGGAUCCCUUCCCAUGGAAGGCAGGACUUCCCAGAACUUUCAAACAGGAAGGAUGUACAGCUUGGCGGUGCAACCCGAAUCCAUGGAACCUGAUAUUCACAAUCAUUCUCAGACAGGAAGGAGGUACAGUCAUGAGAUGGAGGCGGAUAAUGUGGAACACGGCUAUCGUCACAAUUCUCAAACUGGAAGGAUGUACAAUCAUGCAAUGCAGCCAGAGCAAAUUGGUCUAGGGAUCCGCCUUCCUUCUCAGGGUGAAAAUAUGUACGGUGUUACCAGGCAACCAGAAGUUGCCGAGUUUGGGAAUCGCCAGCAUCCUCAAAGUAGAGGGUCGUACAGCUUCCCAGAGCAACCUGAAGCUUUGGAGUUUCAGAGUCGCCAUCAUACUCAGGAAAGAAGGUCAUCUAAUCCUCCCGUGCAGAUGGACGGUAUGGAGUCUGAAAAUCGCCGUGAGUCCCAGAUUGGAGGGUUAUAUAGCGGUUCAAACCAAUAUAAAACGAUGGAGUCUCAAAGUAAGCAUACUGGAGGGAUGUAUGGCUUUCAAGAGCAAUCAGAGAGCAUGGAGUCCCAGAGUCGCCAUCCUUCUCGAAAAAUAAGGAUGUCUAAUCUUCCAGUGCAUCCGGAAGGUGCUGAUACCGGCUUCCACCGGACCUCUAAGUAUGAUCAUUCGAUGCAGCCGGGAGUAAUGAAUUCCGUGUUCCGCCACUCUUCUCAAAGUGGAAGGAUAGGUAGCGUAGUGGUGCAGUCAGAGGGAAUGGAAGCUGAAGGUCGCCAUUAUUCCCUAGGUGGAGAAAUCUAUGGCCAAGCGGAGCAACCUGAAAUCUAUCGCCAUCCGUCGCAGGAAGGAAGGAUGUCUAAUAUUUCAGUUUACCCUGUGGAAUUGUCAUCUGAAGGUCGCCAUCAUUCACAAUUAGAAAAAAUGCAUAACGUUUCAGUUUUACCUGAGGCUUUGGAUUUCAGAAGUGCCCAUCCUUCGCAAACGGACAGGAUGCAUAGCUUUUCAGCUGAUCCUGGAGAUGUGGAUUUGGUAAGCCGCCAUCCUUCGCAAAAUGAUAGGAUACAUAGCUUUUCUGCUGACCCUGGGGGUGUGGAUUUGGUCAACCGCCAUCCCUCGCAAAAUGAUAGGAUACAUAGCUUUUCUGCUGAUCCUGGAGGUGUGGAUUUGGUCAGCCGCCAUCCUUCGCAAAAUGGAAGGAUGAAUAGCUUUUCUGCUGAUCCUGGAGGUGUGGAUUCGGUAAGCCGCCAUCCUUCGCAAAAUGAUAGGAUACAUAGCUUUUCUGCUGAUCCUGGAGGAGUGGAUCCGGUCAGCCGCCACCCUUCGCAAAAUGACAGGAUACAGAGCUUUUCUGCGGAUCCUGGAAGUGUGGAUUUGGUAAGCCGCCAUCCUUCUCAAAUUGACAGGAUGCAUAGCUUUGAAGUUGAACCUGGAGCUAGGGAUUCUGGAAUACGCCAUCCUCCGCAUAUUGACAGGAAGCACAGUUUUGAAGUGGAACCUGGAGCUAUAGAUUCCGGAAGCCGCCAUCCAUCGCAAAAUGACAGGAUGCAUAGCCUUGCAAUGCAAGCUGGAGCAGUGGAUUCCGGAAGCCGCCAUCCUUCUGUUAAUGAUAGGAUGCAUGGCCUUGCAGUGAAGCCUGGAGCUAUGAAUUCUGCAAGCCGCCAUUCUUCACAGACCAAAGCGGUGCACAGCUUUGUUGUACAGCCUGACGUUACGGACUCUCAAAGAGAACAAAAGUACAGCUUUGGAGGGCGACUAGAGUCUAGUGAAAACCCGAGUGGUCGUCAUUCACAAAGUGCAAAGAUAAAAAGCUCAGGAGUACAAGCUGAAAACAUGGAGUCGGAAAUCCAGAGAACUUCACACGAUCGGUUACCCGAGUUCAGAACUUCUGAACAUUCAAUUGCGCAGGUGCCUAAGAAAAUGUCAAAAAAGUCCGAGGUUCUGCCGACACAGAAAAAGAGUACCUUUGACCGUGAUCCCGUGAAGGAUUUACCACCAGAAGUUAUAAGCUUGGGAACAAAAAAUCCAAGAAAGAGCUCACAGAUCCAGAUGCUGAAUGAUAUGCUACAGGAUCUGGAAGCAACCGUAACAAAAAGUCGUCAAAACUCUCAAGCUCGAAGGAAGACUCACAUGCUGGUAAAUGAGUUCCCCGCUGUAGCAGCAAGGAGUAAGAAAAUGUCAAAGAGGGUCACGCUCCAGGUCCCUGAAGAAGAGGAAUCAAACCUAGAGGAAACAGUCGAUGAAAAAUUAGAUCGUUUUGACGAUAGGAAGUUAGACCUUGAGGAAGUUGAGAUAUCAAAGCCUCUACCGGAACAGUUUGAUAUUACGGAGUUUCCUGAUGACAAUACUGAACUAAAUCAUCAAGAUGAGUUUGAUCGCGAGCAACCUGGAACUAAUACCGGCCAGUUCGGUGGUGAACACCUUGAAUUUGAAGACGAGCAAUUACGGUCUUAUGGGGAGGACUCUGAUGGGGAGAAUCUUGACCCUGUGGAGGGACGAAAAGAAGACGACCUAGAAGUUGUAACCGAAGAGAGUCCACUUGAAGAACAGCAAGACCUGCAAUCAUAUCAAGACGGCAGCUUGGACCCAAUCGACGAAAGUGACGCAUUUGAUCAGAAAGAUUCCCUUGCGUCACGUAGACUGGAGAAUUCUACUUACAGUAGUGGUAGUAGCUCGGGUGUGGCUCGAACAUCGUCUGCCUUCAACAGAUCGACGAAUUCCCGACUCUCAGGUAGUCAGCGUCAUUCUCAAGCUAAGAUGAACGAGAAGAACCACCAGUAUGAAGAAGUGGAAACAGAACUCCAAUCGACUAAUCUUAUGUCUGAGGAGCUUGAGAUAGGUGGAACAUCGGAUGCUGUUGACCCUGGUGAAGAAACUGAAGGUGAACAACUUGCAACGCUAGAAAAUGAAGGUGAGGAACUUGUACCUUUCGAGACUCAAGAUGAGGAACUCACAUCUCUAGAAUACGAAGGUGAAGAAAUUACACCUUUCGAUACUCGAGAUGAGGAACUUACAUAUCUAGAAAAUGAAGGUGAGGAAGCUGCACCUUCCGAGACUCAAAGUGAGGAGCUUACAUAUUUGGAAAAUGAAGGUGACGAAAGUAUACCUCGCGACUUUCAAGGUGAGGAGCUUACAUCUCUAGAAGAUGAAGGCGAAGAAUAUAUAACUACUAUGACUGAAGGUGAGGAGCUUACAUCUAUAGAGGCCGAGGGUGAUGAACUUAUACCUUUCGAAACUGAAGGUGAGGAACUUACAUCUCUUGAAGCUCAAGAUGACCACGAUCUUCACGGCACUACAGCUGAAGCAACUCGAAUUGAUGAGAGAAGGAUAACGUCACGAGGCUUGCAAAGUAAAGAUCAACGCCUAGAAGACAAAGGAAAAGGCAAAAUUCCCGAUUCCAUAGUGAAAGAUUUCAUAUCUCGAGGGUCUAACAGCCGCCACCACUCCGGAUCGAAAUGACAGGAUAUCAGACUGAUCAUCGCCACUGGGCAGAGGAGUCAGCUUCAAACCUCAGAGGAGUUCAGACGAUCAAUCCGAAGCUGCAACAAAUAGUGUCCUCAAGACCUGUGUCAACCAACCCACUUGUGAAGUGGCUACCAUGAAAUCAGAAAAUCGUACUCUCUACUCCAAAAGUGUGUUCUCCUCUGCUUAAACUUCUAUCUUGUCCACUUGAAUAUGAAGUAGAAGCUGCACAACUAGAAGCCGAAAUCUAUAGCGUCUGACGACCAUAUUGCAUCUCUAGUCAACGGAGCCAGAAUCAAAUUGAACGAUGCGGGAGACUGGAUCUUCCAGAUAGGAAUUCAUCUUAGAUUCGAACAUUGUAGACAGUUUUGUUCCCCAUAUACGUUGAGAAUGUACAGGUGUGCGUGCCAACAAAACAAAUAAAGAACGUCGCAAUUCCC